AUGUGCUGGUCCAAGUCGGCGCAAACGCUCAACUCCUCAAGGUCGGUAUUCAUCACGACAAUGGCUACCUUCUCCUCGACACCCAUCGUAAUUGAUGGCAAGGGUCACCUCCUUGGUCGAUUGGCCUCCAUCAUCUCGAAGCAGAUUCUCUCUGGCCAGAAAAUCGUAGUGGUUAGGUGCGAGGAGAUCAACAUCUCCGGCAGCUUCUUCCGGAACAAACUCCGGUACCACAAUUUCCUCCACAAGCGCCAUAUCGUGAAUCCCAAAAAGUCGGGCCCUUUCCACCACCGGGCGCCAUCCAAGAUUCUCUAUCGGGCCAUCCGGGGUAUGACCCCACACAAGAGUGCACGGGGUGCUGCCGCCCUUGAACGUCUCAAGCUCUUCGAAGGUGUCCCCCCACCAUACGACAAGAAGAAGCGGAUGGUUGUUCCUGAGGCGUUGAGGGUGUUGAGGUUGAAGCCUGGCCGCAAAUACUGCACGGUCAAGCGGCUCUCUCAUGAGGUGGGCUGGGGAUACAAGGAUAUCGUAGAUCGCCUCGAAGAAAAGAGAAAGAUCAAGGCUCAGGCAUUCCACGAGCGCAAGCUUGCUGCCAUCAAGCUGCGCCAAAAGGCACUCGCAGAUACCGCAUCAUCGUUCCAACAGCUCAGCCAACUGGGAUUCUAG